AUGGGCAGGAAAGGAAAUUGGUUGUCUUCUGUAAAGAAAGCUCUAAGCCCAAAUACUAAAGAGAAAAAAGCAAAGAAAGCUGAUCAAUCAAAGAAUAAAUUGUUUGGAAAUGAAAAGCCGCAAGUAUGUGAACCUUUAAACCAAGAAGCUUCUCAAGCUUCUUCUCAUCCUCCCACUCUGCCACCUUUGGAGGAUGUGGAAUUAGCAGAAAUCGAGGAUGAGCAGACAAAACGUGCUUAUGAUGUGGCAGUUGAAACGAUGUCGGUGGAAGAGAAGGCUACAAACGUUGUUCGGCUGUCUAAGCCUUCUCUGUUUGCCGGAAAAUCUGCUGAGGAAAUAGCCGCCAUCAAGAUUCAGACGGCAUUUCGCGGUUACUUAGCGAGGAGGGCAUUAAGGGCUCUGAGAGGGUUGGUUCGACUGAAAUCACUGGUUGAUGGGCCCACAGCCAAACGCCAAACGGCAAGUACUUUGAAAUGUAUGCAGACAUUAUCUCGUGUUCAGUCUCAGAUUCAAUCGAGAAGGCUAAGGAUGUUAGAAGAGAAUAGAGCUCUCCAGAGGCAGCUACUCCAAAAUCGUGCUAAAGAGCUCGAAAGUCUCAGAAUCGGUGAGGAAUGGGAUGAUAGUCCACAGUCGAAAGAGCAAAUUGAGGCGAGCUUGCUGCAUAAAUUUGAAGCUGCAAUGAGGCGUGAACGGGCUUUAGCUUAUUCAUACACUCAUCAGCAAACAUGGAAAAAAUCAUCCAAGCCGACCAACUUGCUCUUCAUGGACCCAACCAAUCCUCACUGGGGCUGGAGCUGGUUAGAACGCUGGAUGCCAGCUGUCACCGGGCCAUUGGAUAAUUAUUCCCAAAUUGCCCUUGAUAAAGAAAACAAUAUCAAAACCCCUUCUGGACUUGGUGACAUCACUAAGUCUUUUGCCCGUCAUCAGCUCUCGAAUUCCGAGCCAAAUCCAUCUUCACCGACCAGCCUAAAAAAACCUCCUCUUACCCCAAAAUCAUCAGCCUCUGUAACUUCCAGGAAAAUCAAGCUCCCGAGCCCAAAAGGGAGCUCGAUUAGUCAAGAUGAUGAAUCGAGAAGUACUUUUAGCAUGAAUUCGGGAAGGAAUAAUAGGAGGCAUACAAUUGGUGGGGGUUCGUCUAUUAGAGACGAUGAGAGUUUGACGAGUUCACAAACCUUGCCGAGUUACAUGGGGUCGGUUAAAAAACGGCUUUCUUACCCGCCUUCGCCGGCUAGGGGGAGGAGAAAUCCGGGCGUGCAAAAAUCAGAGUUGUGA